UGGGUGGCUUUGGUGGAAUGGGUGGCUUUGGUGGCCCCUGUAGAGGUGGCCCUGGAAUCCAGCCAGUGCAGGUUGACUCAACCCUCCUACAGCCAGUCCAUGUUGAGAUUGAUCCUCAGAUACAGCAAGUCAAAAACCAGGAGAAGGAGCAGAUCAAGACUCUUAACAAUCAAUUUGCCUCUUUCAUUGAUAAGGUCCGCUUCCUGGAGCAACAGAACAAGGUCCUCUCCACCAAGUGGGAGCUCCUCCAACAGCAAGGGCCUUCGGGGCCGAGGAAGAACCUCGACGUCAUCUUUGAAAAUUACAUCCAGAACCUGAGGAGGCAGCUGGACUCAAUCUUGGCACAGAGGGGACAGCUGGAGUCGGAACUGCAGAACAUGCAGCAAUACGUCGAGGAUUACAAAACCAAGUAUGAGGAAGAGAUCAACAGGCGCACUACUGCUGAGAAUGAGUUUGUGGUGCUUAAGAAGGAUGUGGACUGUGCCUACAUGACUAAAGUAGAGUUGGAAGCCAAGGUGGGAGCUCUGACUGAUGAAAUCAACUUCCUGAGGUGCAUCUACGAGGAGGAACUGGCUCAGAUGCAGACAAUCAGCCGGGACCUGUCUGUGGUGGUGUCUAUGGACAACAACCGGCACCUGGAUCUCGACAGCAUCAUUGAGGAGGUCAGGCGUCAGUACGAGCAGAUUGCUCAGAGCAGCAGAGCUGAAGCUGAGGCUUGGUACCAGAGCCAGUACGAACAGCUGCAGAGCACUGCUGGGAGGCAUGGCGACAGCCUCCGCAACACCAAGAUAGAGAUCCAAGAGUUGACCAGGAACAUCCAGAGGCUGCGGGCUGAGAUUGAGAACGUGAAGAAACAGAAUCAGCAGCUGCAGGCAGCUAUUGCUGAGGCUGAGGAGCGGGGUGAGAUGGCCCUCAAGGAUGCCAGGUUAAAACUGGAAGAGCUGGAAUGUGCUCUGCAGAAGGACAAGGAGGAGCUGGCUCGCUUGCUGAAGGAGUACCAGGAGCUCUUGAAUAUUAAGAUUGCCCUGGAUGUUGAGAUUGCCAUGUACAGGAAGCUGCUGGAGGGGGAGGAGAACAGGCUGUGCAAUGACGGCAUGUCCAAC